AGAUUGGAUAAACUUCAAGAAACCGUGGAAUUAAUUAAAGACGAUUUAAAAGUUAUUAAAGGAAUUUUAAUGCAAAAAAAUUAUCAAGCCGGACCAACCGAACGAACUGCAAAAAGAGGAUAA